AUGAAGAAAUGGCUUUACUGCAAAGUGGGAGGGGGUUUCCCCUUUGCUCACUCCCAAGGAGCAGGGAGGGGUCGCGCAGGGAUCGAAGCUGGGGAGGGGGGGAAUGGAGGGUCGGGGGUCCGCGGGUCGACGUCCCUCCGGGUCCCGUUCGGAGCCGCACCCCGCCCGCAGGGCAGGGCCGCAGGCGGCGAGAGCUGCCCAGGCCUUUCCGAGAGCGAUGGGGCUCGGCCCCGGAAACAGGGAGGGGCCGCGGCCAGGCCGGGCCUGCGCCGCAGGCGGCCUCGCGGGGCCGGGGAAGCCGCGCGCCAACACCUCCCGGGGUCCACCUGCGGGUUCGCCCGCGUCGCCACGGCAGCCGGCGCCUGGGAAAAGCUUCGCGCUUGGGCCCCCAGGGGCCCCGGGCGGACCCCGCACCGCACUCACCGGGGGAGGACAACAGGGAGCAAAGGUGAGUGCGGGCGAAGCUCCGAGCGCGGGUCACCGCUUCCUUCCCAAGCCCACUCCUCAGGCAGCAGCGGCGGCGGCUGCAAAGGCGGCGGCGGCGGCGGCGGCAGCAGCUACCCCGGCUCCGGAAUCGGCGGCGGCGGUGGCGGCAGCUCCACUUCCGCUCCGGUCACCACUUCCGCUCCGGUCCGAGCCCCGCCCCGCCCCUGCGCCGGCUCCUCAUUGGGCGAGCGGGCCACGGGGUUGCCCCGGCCGCCCGAGAGGGGCGCUGACGGAGGGAGGAGAAGGGGAGAGGAGACCCGGACGCCGCGGACGCGGAGCGAGGAGGGGGCGGGCGGAGGGGGACGGAAAUGGGGGCGGAAAGAGGCGGUGGGAGAAGAGGGGGUGGAGCCGAGGGAGGAGGGAACGUGUGGGAACUUGGGGACUGGGCAAGGUGAGGGCUUGGGCGGGCGUGAGCCCCAGGUGCUGCGCUCUCUGCUUGGGCUCGGAACCCGGCAGGACAAGAACCACAGUCUCCGGGGUCAUCCGUUCCCUCCCCACCCAAAAAGGAAUCGCCACCGGGUCGGAGGCUGAGGCUUAGAAGCUGAUGUCUUCUCUCCGAGGUGGAAUUACAUUUACCAAGCUCAUGGGACUGAUGUGGGAAAUCGGAACGUCAGUGUAGUCACUGAUAACGAGAAAUAUAAUUGCUGAGAAGGCUGGAAUACUCUCGUCGGUGUGACCAGCACAUUCUUUCCCGGAGUCAGGUCUGAGUGCAAAGCCAAAUUAUACAAAGAAGGUGGCUUGUUCCUGGUGUUCAAGGAAAUCUCUGUCAAAACUCCGUGGAGCAUGAGCUAAAGGAACAGAGACAUCAGUGACUUCAUGUGAGUUUAUGUUCAUUUGCUACAGCAGUGGUAGGAAGCUAAUGCAGCGCUCAUUGAACGUUAGCUCUGGCCAUGGGGGAGGAACUUCAGCUCCAUGUUACCUGUGGUCAGUGUGUUCAGUAAAUACUGAUCACAAUAAACAUAAUGGAGACGAGAACUCGCCAGAAGCGGUAUAGCAGGAGGUCUGUUCCUUUUCUGCUUAACUGUUGGUAUCGGAAGCAUCUGAAAGUACUUUGUUCAGUUUUUUUAAAAAAUCUGUAAUUCUGAACCAGUUACUUUAUUCCGCGGUGCAGGCCUGAUUCCACACUUUGGCGAAAGUUAGUAAUUUUUUAACAGGUAGAGGCGGCGGUGAAAUGGAACACACCUCAGGUCAGAAGUCCGAAAGUUGGGCCCUGGUCUCAGCUCCACCUCUAUCUGGCCGUGUGACUUAGGUCAUCUUGCCUCCUCUCUUUGGGUUUUGUUUUCCCCAUUCAGAAAAUGAAGGAAUUAGAUCAAUAAUAACUCCCAUGUGUCAAAUGCCUACAAUGCACAAUUUAUACAUAUGGUCUCAUCUGAGCUACAUAAAAACUGUGCAAGGUAUUAUCCCCAUUUUAUAGUUGAGAAAACUGAGAGGCCCAGAGAGGUUAAGUGACUUUCCCAAGGUCACAGAGUAUCAGGCAGAGCUGUGAUUUAAAACCAGGACUGUUUGACUCGUUUUGAUAAGCCCCUCUACCUUUCCACGUUUUGGAGGUCAACACUCUUUACAGAACAUGCUUAUGAGGCACCUGCUUUUCUCCGUACAUCAUAGUGAGGAUGAUGGGUCUCUCUAGCUUCCCACUUGAGGGGUGUGGAACCUGGUCCAUCUCUUGUGUUUCUGAGAACCUCUGAUUCAGCCCCUCAGAGACUUCCCUCACAACCAUGUAUCCCUCCUCUCACCUCUAACAGACACUACGAGGUGCUGAACCAAUGUCUGGCCUCUCCCUUUUACUUAGUAACAGAAUCCUAAUUUUGUUCGAAUAAAAUGUACCCACUUAAAAAUACCUGCCCGCAUUCCCUUGCAGGUGCACCCUUACAGGUGGUCCCCUGACCCAGCUCUGACCAAUGAGAUGUAAGUGGACGUUUGGGUGGGGAUUCUUGGGAAUCUAUCUUCUUCAUACUAAAAGGUGGGAGAAGUCAGCAAGCCCAAGGCACAAAUUGCCUUGGUUUUCAUCCUCGCCUGGAACAUAGGUGAGGUUUCUGGAAGUGGAGCAGCCAUCUUGUGACUAUGAGGGUGAGUGCCACCUGCUAAGGAUAGCAGAGCCGGAAGACCGAAGAAACUUCUUUGUAAUCGGUCCUCUGUACCAGCCUGGAUUGCCUAGACUUCUUGUCACAUGAGAAAACUAAAGCUUUAUUUGGUCA